AUGGCUGAACUCGAUACGCUGGACAUUAUUGUCCUAGCCGCCAUCCUCUUGGGGACGGUGGCAUACUUCACCAAGGGCAAGCUUUGGGGCGUCGCCAAGGACCCCUAUGCCAGCUCUCUCGCGGCCGCCAGUGGCGCCAAGGCUGGAAAGACAAGAAACAUUCUCGAGAAGAUGGAGGAGUCUGGCAAGAACUGCAUUAUUUUCUAUGGAUCGCAAACUGGCACCGCUGAGGACUACGCCUCGAGACUCGCAAAGGAGGGCAAGAGCCGUUAUGGCCUCGAGACCAUGGUUGCCGACUUGGAGGACUACGACUAUGACAAUCUCGAUGCCAUCCCUGAGGACAAGGUCGUCAUGUUUGUGCUUGCCACCUACGGUGAGGGCGAGCCCACCGACAACGCUGUUGACUUUUACGAGUUCAUCAACGGGGACUCCCCGCAAUUCACUUUGGACAACGAACCCGCUCUUGGCAACCUGAACUACGUCGCUUUCGGUCUUGGCAACAACACUUAUGAGCACUACAACAUCAUGGUUCGCAACGUGGACAAGGCCCUUCAGAAGCUGGGUGCCCACCGCAUUGGUCAGGCUGGCGAGGGUGACGAUGGCGCUGGCACCAUGGAAGAGGAUUUCUUGGCUUGGAAGGACCCCAUGUGGAAGGCUCUCGCUGAGAAGAUGGGUCUUGAGGAGCGCGAGGCUGUCUAUGAGCCCGUAUUUGGUAUCGUUGAACGUGACACUCUUACUGCCGAGUCCCCUGAGGUCUACCUUGGUGAGCCCAACAAGACCCACCUCGAUGGUACCCCCAAGGGCCCCUUCAACGCGCACAACCCCUACAUCGCCCCUAUCGCCGAAUCCUACGAGUUGUUCAACGUCAAGGACCGCAACUGCCUUCACAUGGAAGUCGACAUCAGCGCCUCUAAUCUCAGCUACCAGACUGGUGACCAUCUCGCUGUUUGGCCCACCAACCCUGGCGAGGAGGUCGACCGGUUCCUCAAUGUCUUGGGUCUCACUGAAAAGCGCAAGGAUGUUAUCUCUGUCAAGGCCCUGGAACCCACCGCCAAGGUCCCCUUCCCGACCCCCACCACCUUCGAUGCCAUUGUUCGCUACCACAUGGAAAUCUGCGCUCCUGUCUCUCGUCAAUUUCUCGCUACUCUUGCCCCCUUCGCUCCCGACGAGGCUUCCAAGGCUGAGAUGACCAAGCUCGGUGGUGACAAGGACUACUUCCACGACAAGAUCAACGUUCAUCAUCUCAACAUCGGCCGCGUUCUGGAAAUUGUUGGCAAGGGUCAGAAGUGGUCCAACGUCCCCUUCUCCGCUUUCAUUGAGGGCAUCACCAAGCUGCAACCCCGUUACUACUCCAUCUCGUCCUCUUCCCUUGAGCAACCCAAGAAGAUAUCCAUCACCUGCGUCGUCGAGGAGCAGAAGCUCCCCGGUCGUGAAGAUCCUUUCCGCGGUGUCUCUACCAACUACCUCUUGGCUCUCAAGCAGAAGCAGAACGGCGACCCCAAUCCCAGCCCCUAUGGUUUGACUUACGAGAUCACUGGUCCCCGCAACAAGUACGAUGGUAUCCACGUCCCCGUCCACGUCCGCCAUUCCAACUUCAAGCUGCCCUCGGAUCCCCUCAAGCCUGUCAUUAUGGUUGGCCCUGGUACCGGUGUUGCUCCUUUCAGAGGUUUCGUCCGUGAGCGCAGAAAGAUGGUUGAGAACGGUCAGACCGUUGGUAAGACCAUCUUGUUCUUUGGCUGCCGCAAGUCCACCGAGGACUUCUUGUACUCCAAGGAGUGGGAGGAGGCCAAGCAGGUCAUGGGAGACAGCUUCGAGAUUGUUACUGCCUUCUCUCGCGAGAGCAACAAGAAGGUCUAUGUCCAGCACCGGCUGAAGGAAAGGUCCAAGGAGAUCAACGAGCUCCUUGAGAAGAAGGCUUACUUCUAUGUUUGCGGUGACGCCGCCAACAUGGCCCGUGAGGUACAUAAUGUGCUGGGCCAGAUCAUUUCUGAGGAGAGGGGUGUCCCAGAGGCCAAGGCUGAGGACAUCGUGAAGAACAUGAGGGCUUCCAACCAGUACCAGGAGGACGUCUGGUCAUGA